AUGUGUGAGCGCACUCUCUACAGAGCGGGCUAUGUGGGCUCGCUUCUGAAUCUGCAGUCGACCGACUCCUACUAUUUCUCCAACCUGAGGCCGAAUGGCGGCCAAUUGGCCGCGCUUCCCCCCAUCUCAUACCAGCGAGGCGCGCUGCCCUGGGCCACCACGCCCGCCUCCUGCGCCCCAGCGCAGCCUGCCGGUGCCACUGCCUUCGGCAGCUUCUCGCAGCCCUACCUGGCCGGCUCCGGGUCUCUCGGCCUGCAGUCCCUGGGCGCCAAGGACGGACCCGAAGAACAGGCCAAGUUUUAUACGUCCGACGCGGCCUCUGGUUCAGAGGAGCGUGGUCGUUCGCGGCCGCCGUUGUCCCACGAGUGUAGCCUGGCCCCCGCUGCCGCUGCUCUUAAAGCUGCCAAGUACGACUAUACUGGCCUGGGCCGUGCUGCGCGGGGCUCUGCGGCCCUGCUGGAGGGGACCCCCUGUGCCGCCGGCUUCAAGGACGACGUCAAGGGCCCGCUCAACUUGAACAUGACAGUGCAGGCUGCGGGCGUCGCCUCUUGCCUGCGACCUUCGCUGCCCGACGGCCUGCAGUGGGGGGCGGCCCCGGGGAGGACCCGCAAGAAGCGGAAACCCUACACUAAACAGCAGAUUGCGGAGCUGGAGAAUGAAUUCCUCCACAACGAAUUCAUCAACCGGCAGAAACGCAAGGAAUUGUCCAACAGGCUGAACCUCAGCGACCAGCAGGUCAAAAUAUGGUUUCAGAAUCGGCGUAUGAAGAAGAAGCGCGUGGUACUGCGUGAGCAGGCGCUGGCGCUCUAUUAACACCCCUGGCAUGGCCACACUGCCUGGACGGGCUUGCCUUUUUGAGCGGAGUCCUGGCAUGGGGGAAGAGCUGAAACGUGGGGCUUUCCUUCCUUUCCUUCACCGCUGUUCCCAGAUACUCUCCUGCUCAAUCUGCAGCCCCAGAAGCCAGCAGGAAAUUUAAAGACUUGGACAGUUGGAUCUCCACACUCUCUCCGAGGAGCAAGCAAAAAAUGCAGCAAAACCUUGGCCUUGAGGCUUCCUGAGUGGGGGCCUGGGUUCGCCUGUCCUAGCUGUUGCCUGGGGCACUUACACCUGGGGCUCACCCUAGCUCCCUGUACUUGGAUUUCUGCUUCCACUUGGUUAGUCUCCUUCUCCCAUUCUCCCCUUUCCCCCUUCUCCCCUUCCCACCCUUUCUGUAUUUAGCGGGCAUCUAGCUAGAG